CCAGUAAGGUUUCAGGGUCCCAAAUCCCCAAUGUGGAAAGUUCAGUCACCCUGCUUUCCAUGGUUUCCCACAGACCUUUCACAUUCUCUCCCCUGAUCUGAAAAGGCCAAUUCUUGCAAACCUUUAUAUCUCCGCCACUAUAUAUAUUGCACUGCCUUGCCGGUCCAAUUAGUUGUGGAGCAGACCAGAGUCCCACCACCAAGUCUAGUCAAGUCAACAACAACACAGAGCAACCCUUCAAUCCAAAAAUUUAAUGAACCCCAGAGAUAGCUGUGUGUGCAUGUAUUUGUCUUCAAUUUCAGGCCGACUGAAGGACACACUCUCACUCACUCAUAUGGCUCCUCCUCCAGGGAUUGCUGUCACCCUUUUGCUUCUUCUUGCUCUGCAGAGUUAUGGGUUCCUUCUUUCUUUUGCUUCCGCAAAUGUUUACAUUGUUUAUAUGGGGGAAAGAAAGUAUGGAAACCCUGAGCUGGUAUCUGAGUCUCAUCAUGAGAUUCUGUCAUAUGUAUUUGGAAGCAAAGAAGCCGCAAGGGAAUCAAUUCUGUACACCUACAAGCAUGGAUUUUCGGGGUUCGCUGCAGUUCUAACUCCAUCUCAAGCCAACCAUAUUGCAGAUGUACCCGGUGUUGUUCGUGUCAUUCCUCACAGGUUUCUUGAUUUGCAUACAACUAGAAGUUGGAACUUUCUGCAAGUAGACUCUCACUUUAGAAAUGGAGUUCUUUCAAGGUGUCAAUCAGGCGUUGGGUCUAUUAUUGGAGUCAUGGACACUGGAAUUUGGCCCGAGUCUCAAAGCUUUAGAGAUGAGGGUAUGGGAGACAUUCCAUCUCGUUGGAGAGGCAUAUGUCAAGAAGGAGAAAGGUUCAAUCACUCCCAUUGCAACAGGAAGAUUAUUGGUGCACGCUGGUAUAUUAAAGGAUAUGAAGCUGAAUUUGGAAAGAUAGAUACAAGUGAUGGGUUUGAAUUUCUAUCUCCCCGAGAUGCUUCAGGACAUGGUACUCAUACAUCAUCCACUGCAGCCGGUGGUUUUAUAGAAAAUGCAAGCUUUAUGGGACUUGCUUCAGGAUUGGCAAGAGGAGGUGCUCCAUCAUCUUGGUUAGCUAUUUACAAAGUUUGUUGGGCUACUGGUGGCUGCAGCUCAGCAGACAUACUUGCUGCAUUUGAUGAUGCAAUUUUUGAUGGUGUGGACGUGCUUUCGGCAUCUCUAGGUUCUCCGCCUCCACUUGCUUCUUAUGUUGAGGAUGUUGUGUCCAUUGGUUCUUUUCAUGCUGUGGCCAAAGGAAUUUCAGUUGUAUGCUCUGCUGGAAACUCUGGCCCAUACUCUCAAACUAUCAUAAAUUCUGCUCCUUGGAUAUUCACUGUUGCAGCAAGCACUAUCGACAGGGCUUUUCCUACUGCAAUCUCCCUGGGAAACAAUCAAACUGUAGUGGGUCAGGGUUUGUAUACAGGGAUGGAUGUGAACAAGUUCUACCCUCUUGUGUAUGGACAAGACAUUGCAUCUGUUGAUGCAGACGAAGACAGUGCCGGGAGCUGUGAGUUGGGAACUCUAAAUGGUACUUUAGCGAAUGGAAAAUUUGUUCUUUGUUUCCAAUCUCUAUCACAGAGAUCAUCCACUGCUGCACAGAGAACUGUAAUGAGUGCUGGGGGUGCCGGUCUCAUUUUUGCUCAGUUUCCCAGCAAGGAUGUUUCUUUGUCCUCGGAUAGUCUACCGUGUGUUCAAAUUGACUUUGCAAUUGGCACAUAUAUUCUCACAUAUAUUGGAGCAACCAGAAAUCCAAUAGUCAAGUUAAACCCUACAAAAACACUAUUGGAACAGCAGAUAUCCCCAGAAGUGGCAUUCUUCUCUGCUCGAGGACCCAAUUCUGUCUCUCCUUCGGUACUGAAGCCCGAUAUUGCUGCUCCUGGUGUGAAUAUAUUGUCCUCUUGGUCCCCUGCUUAUUCACUAUUACAACAUCAACCAUCUCCAGUCAUCUUUAAAAUUGAAUCAGGAACUUCCAUGGCUUGUCCACAUAUAUCUGGUAUAGUGGCUCUUCUUAAAGGCAUCCACCCAACAUGGAGCCCUGCAGCAAUAAAGUCUGCCCUUAUUACAACAGCCUCUUUAGAAGAUCAAUACGGUCAAAGUAUCGAGGCUGAGGGCGCUCCUCAGAAGAAAGCUGAUCCAUUCGACUAUGGUGGUGGACAUGUCAAUCCUAACAAAGCCAUAGCCCCUGGGCUCAUUUAUGAUAUAGAAACCUCAGAUUACAUCCGUUUUCUUUGCUCCAUGGGGUAUAACAAUUCAGCCAUCAGCGCAAUCGCAGGAGCUAGCAUCACAUGCCAUAAAUCGACCAAUGUCCAAGUUAAUCUCAACCUGCCUUCCAUCACCAUUCAUGAGCUCAAGGAAAGGAUGACAGUAUCAAGAACAGUCACAAAUGUUGGUCCAGUUAAUUCUAUCUACAUUGCUCGGGUUCAAACACCUGCCGGCGUGUCUGUUAAAGUUAAGCCAUCGGCUUUGUUGUUCAACUCUACUGCAAAGAGGCUGGAGUUCAAGGUUGUUUUUCGUCCCCUGCUAAAAGUUGCAGGAAGAUUUUCUUUUGGAAAUCUGUACUGGGAAGAUGGUUUUCAUGUAGUGAGGAUACCUCUAACAGUGAGAACUGUCCUUGAUGAUUUUUAUGCAGAGGCAUGAUGAUGAUUUGCCACUACUUUUAGACAUCUAUUUUGGACAAAGUAGUACAAGUUGUCCUCUUACCUAUCUAUGGUCAAAUUUUUAGUUUCAAACUUUCGAUAACGUCUCAUCCUUUAAAGAAUUCAUUUUCCCUUCCACUUUCCCUGCAUUAAUUACAUGGU